AUGUUUCAAAAGAUUACACUUGAUGAGUUGAUAUAUCCAAUAGGACAAUCAGAGGUCCCACAGCCACAGACUUUGGUGCAGAGGAGAACUGAUGUUCUGACGGUCUCCCCGUGGUUAGCACCCAUCGUUUGGCAAGAAACUUUUGAUCCAAAAGUAAUUGAUAGCAUAUACCAGCCUUUGAAUAUUACAGUGGCAACAACGGUCUUUGCAGUCGGAAAAUAUAUUCAACUUUUGAAGCAAUUUCUAGAAAGUGCUGAGAAGCAUUACAUGCUUGGGUACGGAGUCCAUUACUAUGUCUUCACUGAUCAAAUGGACAAGGUUCCUCAGGUGGCCCUGGCGUCUGGACGGUCCCUUACGGUGCUUCCGGUCCCGAGCUUUAGCCGCUGGCAGGAGAUCUCUUUGAGGAGGAUGGAGUUCAUUCGCAAGGCCAUCGAGGACCACAUCCGCCACGAGGCCCACUUCAUCUUCUGCACCGAUGUGGACAUGGUGUUUGAAAACCGCUUUGGCGCGGAGGCGUUUGGUGAACUGGUGGCAACCAUACACCCCUGGUGGUACCUCACUGGGCGUAAUGAGCUCCCGUACGAGCGCAGGACGGCAUCUCAGGCAUAUGUUCCAAAAGGACAAGGUGAUUUCUACUACGGUGGAGCUCUUUAUGGAGGCCAUGUAGACGUGGUGCACAGACUGACCAGCACAUGCGAGGAGCAACUGAGCAUAGACAAGCAGAAGUCCAUUGAAGCCGCGUGGCAGGAAGAGAGCCAUCUUAACCGCUACUUUAUACUGCACAAACCCACUAAGCUGCUCUCUCCCGAGUACCUAUGGGACAAAGCCAAGGGGCCAGAGGAGUACCUCAGAGUAGUUCGAUUUGCCACAGUGCUUAAAGACAAUCGAAACUUGCGUCCCAAUGUGUGAUUCUGAUGAAAGGCUGUUGAAAUUGUUGCUCAACAGGUCGAAUUACCCUCCCAAGCAAGGUGAUUAUUGGCUAUAAUUGUACAGUAUAUAUCUUUCUAGAAGCAGGUCCAGGACACAAACACUGGAUCACUUUGUGGACUGUACCUUCAAACUUCAAACUUGUUUCAAACUUCCAACAAAAAUAUACAAAUGACCACCGCUGGAAAUGACUAGAAAAGUGCAGGCAUGCAAACUCCUCACCUUUCGGCGAGUGGAAGCUAAUUGUUGACAAAGACGCAACGAACAGAACGCGCACGCCAAUAUAGCCUCCCUGUUGUGAGCGCAGAUAGAUGCGUCUCAGGUGGAAUAGUGAUUCUGGACAGAUGGAGGAGAGAUGCCGAGGGAUUUCACAGGUGGGCUAGUUGAAACUUUCAACUUCUAUUAGAAAAAGACGCUGAGUGAAGCAACGGGCGUAGGUUGUUUUCUUCUAAUGUUAUGAAAGUCAGCGAAAUUAGACAAAAAUGUAGACUUAACGAGUUCUUUUGAUGAAGAAUACGUGCAGUUUGAACCAUCUGGGGGUCGGAGAAGAGUCCCACCUUUUUCACCCCUGACCAGUUUGCAUGCCUGAAAGUGAAUCUAGGCCCACUUUUAGAAUCUCAUAACUGAAUCUCUGGCCAUACAUCCAUGCCUCUGUUGUGCUCUGUGCUGUUUCUCUCAAAUGAAUGAAUAUUCCCUUAUUUUUAUUCCAUAAAACACGAUUCUGAGUGAAACUAUUACCAUGAAAUGUUUUUUUUCUGGGUUUUGGUUUUGGACUGUAAGCUAAAUAUUUUCUGUGUUUCUAAACAUAAUUUAAAGAGGACAUAUAAUGGAUGAAUCGAGUAUUGUGCUGUGCUCUCUGUAUAUACAUUUUUUGUCGACCAAGGGGCCAAAUCUGAGCUGCGAAGAUUCUAAAUCAGAUCCCCUUUGUGAGUUUCUCUUCCUUUUAUCAUAAAAUGAUCAACUGACAAAAUGGAAAUACGCACUUAACUGCAGAGAAACAAACAUUUUGUUUGAGGUAAGCCUGUUGGCAGAAUAGGCCUAGUAGUAGGACAUUUUUAAGAUGGGAGAGUAACCAAAGAAUGUGAUGGUUUGAUGCCUGUACAUAU